AUGCUAUGUUUUAAAAAUCAAUUAACUAAAAGGGUGAUAUUGAAUGGUAGUAAAAUCCAUACAUCAAAAUGGUUAUCAUUUCCUUUAAAGAAUAGCUAUUCCCAAAUUACAAAAAGGACUUUGUUUACCACUAUUCCAACUUUGACACAGUCACCUGGAACUUUACCGCCUAUCAAUGAUAAAUUGGAAGAAUCAAAUACAAAAAAAAAACGUCCAAUGACUGUGAAUGAUACUUUACCAGACCCCUUCAAAGAUAAGCUCAAGAAUAGAGUCCAAUUUAUUGUAUUUGUUGUUACUACCACUAUAGCUUUGUUAUGUUUGUUUAAUUACGAGAAAACACAAUCUCCAAUUGUCACAAAUACACUAUACCAAUUACGUAGAUCACAAAGAAUUAGAGAGUUGUUGGGUAACAAUAUUGAUUUCGAGGGAUUGUUCCCUUGGGUUUUUGGUGAAUUGAACCAAGUUGCUGGGAAAAUAAACAUUACUUUUUAUGUUAAAGGUACCAAAGGUGUUAGAGGAACAGUCAGAUUGGUUGCUGACAAGAACAAUGAAUUUAACGAGCUUUUCAUUAAAGACUGGAGUAUUACUAUAGGAAAUGAAAAAAUUAAUUUGGUCGAUGAGGAGGAAAAUGCCAAAAUUGAGUAG